GCAGGAUCUGUAAUUUCCCGUCAAACGGCGCACAGAGAAUUCUGCUGGGUGUGUUUUUACGCAAACCGCGAACUGUUUUUAUUGACACCAUCACUUUCGCCUGCUUAUGUCGUGAGAAGUUUCCCCUUAUCAGCCAUUCUAACAGUAAACUUUGUGGAGAGCGAGGGUUUGGAGCACUCAACCGUUGCCUGAGUAUUUCACUAGUGCAUGGAGAAAACAAACCAAUGUCACCAAUGUCACGGAUGUUCAUCCUGUCUGCUGCACUCUGUGUGGCCCUUUCUCCUCUAACCUGGGGUCAAAACUGCUCAGAUCACUGCAAAGCAUGUGGAGGGCCAGAGAACAACCAGUGUCUUCAGUGCCAAACCGGAUUCAUCCUGCAUGACAACCUGUGUGUGGACAUUGACGAGUGCGGGACUGAUCUGGAUCAAUGUCCUCACAGCACAUACUGCUUUAACACACAUGGCUCUUAUGAAUGCAAAGGCUGUGAUAAGGCUUGUGUUGGCUGUAUGGGUGGAGGAGCUGCUCGCUGUAACAAAUGUGCUCCUGGUUAUAGAUCAUCAGGCCUGAGAUGCAUAGAUGUAGAUGAGUGCGGUGAGGAGGUUUUGGCCUGUGCUGGACUGAAUGUGUUCUGUGUGAAUACUGAAGGCUCUUUCCGGUGUCAGUGUGCAGAGGGAUUCACUCGCAGAGAGCAGAACUGUGAGAGACAACAGAUCUCAGCGUCUGCAGAAAAGGGUCUGUUUGAUGACAUUCAAGAGGAUGAGCUGAUGGUCCUGCAGCAGAUGUUUUUCGGGGUUGUGUUGUGUGCGCUAGCCACAUUAGCGGCUAAAGGAGAUAUGGUGUUCACUUCUAUCUUCAUGGGGGCAGCGGCAGCAAUGGCUGGAUACUGGCUGUCUGAUAAGAGCGACAGGCUAAUAGACAACUUCAUGAAGGGCAGAUAAAGACACAAUAGCAUUCAACCACAACAGAAUUCUUUCAAGAAGAUUUCUUCAACGUUAACGUUCAUUCAUUCAUUUUCCUUCGGCUUAAGGCUGAUGUUUACAUCUGCGUCGAGUGAUCAGCGUGACCCACGGCGUCUGCUUUGCGCGUAGCCAUGCAUUUACGCUGUUUGUGUUGCUCUGCAAUAACACUUCCGAAACAUUAGCUGGCAGUAGGUUUUUAUGUUCUCUGUGUCGAGUUUCUAAUGCUACCUAAUUGUACAAGUAGCUAAAACUCGCUCAUUCAGAGACGGGAACUAGCGGACGUGCAACAACUUUAAUCACAAGGUAAACACAAAACAUCUGGAGCUCCUUCACGGGACUCGACACUUGUAAACACUCGUUUCAUCAGGCUCGCGGCUCUCAGCCACACCCGCACUUAUCACUGCUACCCAGCCGACCAAUCACAGAGCUUGCACUACGCAUUGUUGUGACGUGUAGUUACCAAGUUACAUUUUUCGAGAGGUGUGCAUCAGCAUUGGCGUCAGCCACAGCAAGGGCUAUGCAACCGCGCAAAGGCUGCACCAAAGCAAACGCGUGCACUUGACGCAGAAGUAUAAAUAAGCCAUUAUACUCUAUUUCAUAGGUCACCACAGCGGAAUGAAUCGCCAACUAUUCCAGCAUAUGUUUUAAGCAGCGGAAGCCUUUCAUGCUGCAACCCAGUACUGGGAAACACCCAUUCACACACACACACACACACUCAUACACUAUGUCCAAUUUAGUGUAUUCAAGUAAACUAUUCAAUAGCACCUGGAGGAAACCCAUACAAACACGAGGAGAACAUGCAAACUCCACACAGAAAUGCCAACUGGUUCAGCCUGGGACCUGAACCAGCGAUCUUCUUGCUGUGAGGUGACAUUGCAAACUACUGUGCCACACCAAUUUUAACAUCUGGAACCUAUUUUAUUUGAAACUGCAUUUAAUCAGAUUGCUUUCACACUAUUAACACUGUUGUGGUUGAAGGCAAUUAUAUAUCCCCUGAAAGGACAAAGUCUGAAAAGUCACACAUUUGAUAUCAAGUGAAAACAACCUUUGUUUCAUAUAAUAAAUCGUGAUUUUAAAUUGCAUAAUGGAUCUUCUUACAGUAACACAUGGUGUAAAGUGCCUUAUUGUCUGUUAAUUUGAUAGGAGGCAUGGUGGCUUGGUUAGCACUGUUGCCUCACAGCAAGAAGGUUGCUGGUUUGGGUCCUGGCUGGGCUACUUGGCAUUUCUGUGUGAAGUUUGCAUGUUCUCCCUGUGUUCAUGUGGGUUUUCUCUGGAUUCCCCACAGUCCAAAGACAUGUGCUAAACUGUAGGUGAAUUACGCAACCAAGGCUCAUUCUAAAAACGUACCCCUAUAUGUAUUUUUGGAGAGCACCAAAUUUGUCCCAAGAGGUAAAUUUUUUUUGCUGUUUUUAUUUUCACGAAUCCACCAGAGGCCGCUGUGUACGCUUUUUUCAGAUCUCAAAAUUCUCUCGUGAGUGCCAUUCGCACCUGCUCUUCUCGAGUAAAUCCACAAGAGGCCACUGUCAACUCACUGACUGACCGACCAAUCGAACCCUCCACCUACCCCCUUCCCCAAGUCAAACUGACAGUGUUUUUAAAAGCAAUCCAGAAAAGCCCCGAUUUUUACCACAUUUUCAGAUUUUACCACAUUCUCACCCUGUUAUUUACUUGUUUUUGUCACCUUCUUUCUGGAACCGUUCUUCACCGGACUUGGAGCCCGCCAUCGCAGUCAACUAACCUCUGAGUCUCAUGUCCCAUAUGCUGCAAGCUAAUGGACAAACUGGUAACAGUGGGAAAGCCGUCCAUUCGGAGUUUAGCGCUCAGCUGCUAGCGCAAAAAGGAACGACAUCGAACCGCACCGUAGCGUCCAAUUUAAAGAUGAAAUGCAUCCAUACAUAUCUCUGGCUACAUAAUUCGCAAUUUCAGAAAUGUAUAAAGCGCUACGUUUUCAGAAUAAGCCUAUGUUGGAAUUGGGUAAGCUAAAUUGUCUGUAGUGUAUGAAUAUGUGUGUGUGAUUAAGUGUAUUGGUGUUUCACAGUACUGGGUUGUGGCUGGAAGGGAAAUGAAUGAAUGAAUGAAUUUGAUAAUAGACACCAAUAUUCAAGAGGUGUGUAGUUAACUAAUGUAGCAUUAUCCCAUUCCACUAACUCGUAUCAGGUAUCAGUUUUGGAUGAACAUGAAUUGAACUUGAACUACUGUGUUCAUCUGAUGCCAUUUUUAUUCUGCUUUUUUAUGUGUGUGUGUGUGCGUGCGUGCGUGCGUGCGUGUGUGUGUGUGUGUGUGUGCGCGCGCGUGUGUGUGUGUGUGUCUGUGUGUGUGUUCAAACUAACAAUUGAGCUUACUAGCAUUGUACUAAGUUACUCUGUAAAAAAUGCAGGGUUCCACACAAUUCAUUCAUGUUGUCCCAACACAAAUCGAUUAAGUUAACUUUACACUUUUAUCAAAUUUAUGUGGAUUGAACAUAAAAAAAAUUCAGUUGUCCCAAUGAAAUCUCAAGAAUUGUGUUGUCUCAACUCAUUUUAGCUACUGUAAGUAGUUGGAACAAGUAAAAAAUAUUUUUGAGUGUAUGAAAUAUAAACAUUUUUGUGAAUUGUGGGAAGGGGGAUUAAAGAAUAAUAUUAUGAAUAUUGUGGAAA